AGUGCCACAUAUAUAUUAAUAGUAAAAGUUAUCUAUGUGCUUAAAAUAAGAUGACUGAUAAACACGCUGACUGAUAUUUGGUCUAUGCUGCGCAAUACGUAUGUGCGCAUGUCACUAUGAAGAUCAAGUUAAGUGCAACGACGCAUCAGGACUUACGUUGAAAUUAUCAAAAUACGUAAAAAUGACGGAACAAAGUGACAGAAGUCAAUUACCACCUGGUUGGGAAUGUAGAUACGAUUCUCGAAGUGGCCGACCAUAUUUUAUAGACCAUUUUAAUCGUACAACAACAUGGGAAGAUCCAAGGAUUCGAUAUUGGCAAUACUCUCAAUAUGUACAGACACAAAAUUCCAUAGCGUUGAGUUCUGCUACAACUAUUACUUCUCAAGAUAUACCUAUGCAGACUGGAGGAAUUGGAGGUGGUGGUCAUUUAGUUUAUACGGGAGCUCAUAGAACUCCUCAAAUUUAUCCAACACCAUCGCCUUUUCAUAAUCCUCAACUUGCAUUUUUACCUCCCUGUUUACAGGAUUUAAAAACUCCAAUGUCUAUGAAAUCAAUGAGUGUCAUGACAAAUCGGUUUGGUGAAAUCACUUUGGGAUCACCGACACCAGUCAGAAAUAUGGAAACUACUUUAACACAAGAUUCUGAUUCUGAAUUGCAAGUUGCUAAAAUUAAUGGAAUGUUUCCUACGGUUUCUGAUACUCACAUACGACUGCUAUUAAAAAAAUACCAUAACAGAGCAGCUUUGGUUGUGAGCGCUCUCCAAGUGGAAAAGAAUCCUCUUUGCGCUCCAGGACCGUGUACACCUAUGGGAGUACACUCAAAAUAUGCAAUACCAAGAUGGAGGCUACCAGCUCAUGCUAUACAUGCGGCUUUAACAUUGAGUCCACCUCGUGGGGUUCGGCCAGCCCCUAACUCCCCAAAAAUGAAACUUAGGUACCUGAAAAAUGUAUUUCCCAAAGUGGAUGAAACAAUGUUACUUGACAUAUUAGAACAGAGUGAAAAUAAUGUUCAAAAAGCUUCAGAAAAAUUAAUUGAUCUAGGCUACGAGAAACGAAAUCUUACUGCUCCUAAUAAAUUAAAUAAAAAGAAGGAUAAAGAUCAAAACCAGAAUGAACGAUCUGUUCCAACUCCGCCUCCACGUAUGAAAAGUUUGGAGGAAAAAAAUAAAAUGAAAGCACGCUUAACAGAAAAAUAUAAAUUCGUACCAGAGAGAGUAAUAGUACUCGCUAUGGAUAGUGUAGAUUAUGAUGAAGAAAGAGCAAUACACAUAUUAGAUAUUAUGGUUGCAGAAGAAGCUACAAGGCCACUUUGUACUUCCAGUAGUCAAAGCAGUCGAAGCGACGAGCGAAAGGAAAGUCCACCUGUGACAGAAGCUAUAAAACUAACAGCAUCACCAAUUAAAAAAAUCGUUAAAGAAGUUGAUUCUGAGAAAUCGAAGAGAUCGAAAAGUAAAAUAGAAAUACCAAAAGUUUCCCGUGGAACUAGUACCACCGAAGAUAAUGAGCAUAAAUCUUCAUAUCUGUUGAAACCUAAUGGUCCAAAUCCUGAAUUAUCAAAAGGAGCUAAUAAUGAUUUAUUACUACCAGACUAUGCACCAUGGUCAGGACCAGAUCCUACUUUAUUAUCGAAAGAACAAUUUCCGAAAUCAAUAGUAAUGGGACAUGAUUCAACUUUAGUAUCAGGAAGUUGUCUUGCUAAAGGUCCUAAUGCUGAGUUACGAAAAGGUCCAUUAAGAGGAUUAGCAGAAGGUUCCAUAUAUUCUCAGAGAAAUUUAACGAAUACAGAAAGCCGUGGUAAAUGAAAUAUGUGUGACUGUUUCUUAUUAAAUCUUUUUACAUUUACAAAUUAACAUGAAAUAAUUUAUUCUUCAUAAAUUACAUGGUGUGUCUAAAAAGUUCGGUGAAUGGUCUCAAGAAAAUAAAGGAAACAAAAGAGUUACAAACAAAAUACAUUUACUGGCCUUUAAAGUAAUCGCCAUUGGCUACAAUACAAUUCUGACAUUGGUUGUACAGCUGUUGGAAACUGUAAACAAACGCUUCCUGUGGAAUCGCUCGAAGCACUGCGGUCACGCUCACGAUUUCCAAAACCAUUGCGAAACGUAAACCUUUCAAGGCUAAUUUAAGACAGGAAACAGAAAGAAGUCUGCCGGCACCAAAUCUGGAGAAUAAUGAGUGUGUGGAAGCACAGUGACCUUGUGUCUAACGAGAAAGUUGAGCAUUUUGCUCCAUUUUGCGCUCCAUGUUGCAAUGACACGAGUUCUCACAUUGACCUUGUUAGUUGGGUCGCAGCGUGUACCAACGCUUCACUACAGUGUUUUGCACGAUAGGAAACGUUUGUUGACAUGUCCUUCAAUGUGUAUGCGCGGGCACCUCAUCCUUGCCAGCGCGGUUUGUAAAAUAUGGGACUAUUCACCAAACUUUUUAGACGCACCAUGUAUUAUAAAAGAAUAAUGAUGAUUCUUGUAUGCUUUUCUUUUGCGAUAUUAUUAAUGUGAAAUUAAUUUGACAUAUUCCUUUCCGUAUUAUCUUUUAAUUAGUAAUUAUUAUUUUAAUUUAUUUACUAUCAGACACAUACAGUUAAUCUCUCCGUCUAAUAUAAUAAUAUCGUAUAGUAUACUAAUGUUCACUAAAUUAAUAAUGAUAAGAAUACUAAUAGAAAUUGAUAUGUGUCUGAUAUAACUAAUCUCGAAUAAUUAUAGAUAUCUUUGUGAAUAUUUUAGUCAAAUUUGCAAUACUCUUAGUUUCUUAAUUCAUUGAUAUUACUCUAUAUUCUCUUAAUGUUUAAAUUAUUCAUGUUUAUUGAUGGACGUAAUAUAUUUUAUUGUUAAUAAUCAUAUAUUUUUAUUCUGUUAGGAAAAUAUAUUUUAAUCUUGUUUCUGUUGAAUACAAAAUUGAAACAUAUUUGGUCCUUAUAUAUAACAAAAAGAGGCCAAUAACAUUAAUAAUAUUUCUAUGACUAGAUUACAGAUAUGCGAAAGUAUAAAAACAAGAUAGUCCAAAUAUCUACUUGCAUUCAAUACAUUUAUAUAAUUAGGAGAGUAGAAGGAUUUGAUAGUGUAUUAUCUUAAUACACAUUAAUGAUUCAAAGAUACUACAUUAUUUAUACAUUAACAUAUCCUAACAAAUCUAGUUU